CACAGCCGACCGAUCACACAUAAUUUUGCCCACGUUCGUAGCCACCACGAAAAUCGACCUCUUCCAUUUCCUCAACCCUUUCUCUCUCUCUCUCUCUCUAAGCAAAGAUGAGCAAGGGACCGGGACUCUUCUCGGACAUCGGCAAGAAAGCCAAAGAUCUUUUAACUAAGGACUACAACUCUGAUCAGAAAUUCACUAUCUCCACCUACAGCGAUGCUGGAGUGGCACUCACAUCAACAGCGGUGAAGAAAGGAGGACUCUCAACUGGGGAUGUGGCGGCACAGUACAAGUACAAGAAUGUAGUUGUUGAUGUCAAAGUUGAUACAGAAUCAAAUAUCGCAACAACCCUUACAUUCACUGAGAUUGUCCCAUCAACAAAGACUAUUGCCUCAUUUAAGCUGCCCGAUUAUAACUCUGGCAAGUUGGAGGUCCAAUACUUCCAUGACCAUGCAACCUUCACAACUGUCUUUGCUUUGAACCAAUCCCCUGCCGUUGAUGUUACGGCCACCAUUGGUACCCCAAGCAUUGCUUUCGGUGCAGAAGCAGGUUAUGAUACUACUUCUGGUAGUUUUACAAAGUACACUGCUGGCAUUAGCGUGACAAAACCAGAUUCAUCUGCUUCUAUAAUAUUGGGUGACAAGGGAGACAGUAUAAAAGCAUCAUAUGUGCAUCACCUGGAUCAAUUUAAGAAGAGUGCUGCUGUUGGAGAGAUCACAAGAAGAUUCUCCACUAAUGAGAACACUUUCACAGUUGGAGGGUCAUACGCUGUUGACCAGCUGACAGUGGUGAAAGCAAAGCUCAACAACCAAGGGAGGCUUGGGGCUCUCCUGCAGCAUGAGGUCAUACCGAAGUCGGUGCUGACAAUCUCUGGGGAACUCGAUACCAAGGCCUUGGACAAAAAUCCCAGGUUUGGGUUGGCUAUUGCUCUCAAGCCCUGAUGGUUUUCUGCCAUUGGAUGAUGUGAUGUUGGAAUAUAUACUUUCUAUGAUUUUUUUCGGGUGGCGCAGCAUGAAAGGGAGCGCAUAAUAAUUAGUUCCACAGAUAUAUUUGUUUCAGGUUCUCCAUGACUGUCCUGUGGAUCAAUUGUUUUGAUACCUGAGGUCUACCAUUGUCUUCUGCUUCUCAGAAUUUUAACUUUUUUUUCCCUUGCCCCGUUGUAGGCAUCUUGAUAUUUGCACAAUUCCCCUAAUCCUUAUCUGAGGAGUUUAGCUAA